CACAGAGAAGCCACAUGCUUUCACUGGAGAAAACUACAUUAAAGUCUUCAUCUAGCUGUUGUGAUGUUUGAGCAGGUUCUAAUCAGAUUUCAGCAACAUUCAGCUUUGUGUUUGAUGACGUUUGGAAGAUACCUUCAUAGAGAUUAUCUUGAUAAUGGCAAUAAUAAAAUGGCAAUCCAGCAGGCAGACAAGCUGCUGAAAAAACACAAAGAUCUACACUGUGCUAAGGUUUUGAAAGCAAUUGGUCUGCAGAGAACUGGGAAACAAGAUGAAGCAUUCACUCUGGCACAAGAAGUAGCAGCCCUUGAACCUACAGAUGACAAUUCAUUGCAAGCUCUGACUAUCUUAUAUCGAGAAAUGCAUCGACCCGAGCUGGUCACAAAACUCUAUGAAGCAGCUGUGAAGAAAGUUCCGAACAGUGAAGAGUAUCAUUCCCAUCUCUUCAUGGCUUAUGCCAGAGUUGGAGAAUACAAGAAGAUGCAACAGGCUGGAAUGGCACUUUAUAAGAUCGUUCCCAAAAACCCUUACUACUUUUGGUCGGUGAUGAGCUUGAUUAUGCAGUCAAUAUCUGCACAGGAUGAAAAACUAUCAAAAACCAUGUUUUUACCCCUAGCUGAGAGGAUGGUAGAAAAAAUGGUGAAAGAAGAUAAAAUUGAAGCUGAAGCAGAAGUUGAACUUUACUACAUGAUUCUAGAACGCUUGGAAAAAUACCAAGAAGCUCUGGAUGUUGUGAGAGGAAAAUUAGGAGAGAAGCUGACCAGUGAGCUCCAGAGCAGAGAGAACAAGUGCAUGGAGAUGUACAAAAAACUGGGCAAGUGGCCAGAAUGCAAUGCUCUCUCAAGAAAACUUCUGCUUAAAAACCCAGAUGAUUGGCAGUUCUAUAUGAUUUACUUUGAUUCCCUCUUUCAACUGAUGGACACAGCCUGGAGUCCUCCAGCUGAAGAAGAGCAUUCUCUGGAAGGCGAAGUGCAUCACAGCACAGAGCAGGCCGUGGCUUUCAUAGAGCAGAGGAUAAUACAAGAAUCCAACAGCGUCCGCCCACUCCGGGGACCUUACCUUGCCCAGCUAGAGCUGAUCAGGCGUUUGCGGCACAGAGGCUGCAGUGAAGAACACAAGUUGGGUGAUCCAGGAGAACUAAUGUUCCAAUAUUUCAAACGAUUUGGUGAUAAACCCUGCUGCUUUACGGAUAUCAAGGUGUUUGCAGACCUCCUCCCUUCAACCCAGUAUACAAAGUUCAUCAACCAGUUGUUGGGGGUCAUCCCCCUCUCUGCACCAACAGAAAGCAAGAUCGCACUACCAGCUAACAUUAAAGCACUGCAGCAACACUUAUGUGUUGUGCAGUUGACAAGAUUGCUUGGCCUUUAUCACACAAUGGACAAAUCCCAAAAGCUGGCUGCAGUCCGUGACUUGAUGCUGCGGUAUCGACAUGGACUAGAUUUCGGAAAAUCCUGCUUGAAAACAGAGUUGCAGUUUUCAGACUACUAUUGUCUACUUGCUGUUCACUUACUGCUUGACAUCUGGCUAGAGGCAGGUGAAGAGGCAGCUGCUUGGCAGUGCUUGAUGUUGCUAGAAGAAGGCCUGACCCACAGUCCCUCCAAUGCUCAGUUCAAGCUGCUGCUCAUCCGAAUCUACUGCAUUCUUGGGGCGUUUGAGCCAGUUGUGGAGCUCUACUCCAGCCUUGAUGCAAAGCACAUACAGCAUGACACUAUUGGUUACUUGCUGACACGCUAUGCUGCAGCCUUUGGUCACUAUGCUGCUGCAUCACAGUCCUGCAACUUUGCACUCAGGUUUUUCCACUCCAACCAGAAAGAUACCUCAGAAUACAUUAUUCAAGCCUAUAAAUAUGGUGCAUUUGAGAAGAUCCCAGAAUUCAUUGCUUUCAGGAACAGACUGAACUCCUCACUUCAUUUUGCACAAGUCCGCACAGAACGAAUGCUGUUGGACCUGCUACUUGAAGCAAAUAUAUCAACGAGUUUAGAAGAAAAUAUAAAGUCCAUGAGCCUAAGUCCAGAAGAAGAUGACAUUCCCUGGAAUGAUCUGCAAGAUAACCGAGACCUCACUGUCCUAUUUAAUUGGGAUCCAAAAGACAGGUGCAUUUCUGAAGAGGACAAAAGACUUUCCUUAGAGGAAGAGACGAUCUGGUUGCGGAUUCGGUCUUUGACGUUACGAUUGAUCAGUGGACUGCCAGCUCUCGGCCACACAGCUCAGCCAAAGAACUCUGAGAAGAACACUGAGAACGGUGUUUGCUCCAAGAUUGACACCAUACGGGCUUUGCUGCGGCAACUGGACACUGCAGUGAAUUCGGGGAAGCGGUUUCUUGAGCAGAAGAUUCAGUAUCCUGUCCUUGGUCCUCCUCCUUCCAGAAUGGCUGGCUACUUCAACAGUGGGAGCUGCCAGUGCCAGACCAGCUUAUUUUAUCUUGUUAGUGAAAUUUAUGAACUGGAUACCAACGGUUUAGAAGAUUCAACAGCAAUUCAAGAGCGAAUAGGGAAUAGCUUGAAAUCGCUAUUAGAACAACUAACAGAUCAGUUCAAUAAAUGCAAAGGUGAUCUGUUGGAAGUGAGGGAAGGCAGCUUCAAAACUCAUCCAAAUAUUUUAGAAAAUCUUGUCUUUUUUGUGGAGACCAUUUCAAUCGUCCUCUGGGUGUGCAGCUAUUCUGACUCCAUCCUCCGGCCCUGCAGAUCAAGCUUGCAGAAGAAGAAAAAGAAGAAAAAAGAGAGCAUUGUAGCAAUGCCCCCAGUGUUUGCAAGCUUCCAAGAUUACCUUUCUGGCCUCCAGACACUCACUUCCAAUGUGAUAGAUCAUAUCAAAGGGCUUGAAAUUACUCUCGCUGCACUUAAACUUGAAGAGCUGUCUAUAGAGGACAACUUACUGUUGCAGGAAGAAAAGAAGUUUACAAAGACUGCGCUAGAGAAAGUCCAGAACAGUUACCAGCAUGCAGUUCAGGAAAUUGGAGAACUGCUGAAAAAGAGACUUGACACCAUCAAAAAUCUCAAGGUUUGAGGAGACGCAUCCUGGGCGCAGAGUGAAGAGCCAACAACAGACAAGGAACGUCAUCUGCCAUCCCUUUGACAUUUAAAAUCUGGAACUUCCUCACAAAUGCAUGAAGGACUUUGAUCAUAAAAUAGUUUUUUUAUGUAUUAAAAAGUUAUAUUCAAGCGAUUAAAUUAUUGUACAUAAAAUCGAGAAGCAGGGACCCUCCUCUGUCAGGGUUAGACCACUUUUUAUACACAUUCAUAAGCAUAUUGUAACAGAAAGAAAAACCCCUGACCCGUUUCACUUCCCUUUGUGGGUGGAAGGAGGGCAUUCUCCCGAAACUGUUUGGGGGUUUGAAGUCUUUAGAAGCAGCAAUAGAAAUCCAGUGUAAAGCAUAUUUCAAAGGAGUUUGUAUUUUUUCCAUCACACGCUGCAGCAUUUAUAUUUUUGUGUAUCAGUUUCUUGCCUUAGUAAAGCAGAUAUCAAGAGAGGCCUGUGCUCAACUGUGAAACCUUUUGAGCCGCCACUCUCUUUUCCGCCUGCCUCCCACGAGCACUACAGUAAAGCUUCCGAUCUGCUUGGGGAAUGGUCUGCCGCAGGGUGGGUGCCUUUUUCCGUUCGCCAACUGUUGAUUCAUAUGCCCACCCUGGCUAUGAUCACAGGUGGCUGAAAGGAAUGCCUGGGCAAGGUACAGUUUUGACCCUUUCUGUGUGAUUUCCCCCAUCCAUCCUGUAAGGAGCAAAACAAUACAAGAAGAAGGUAGAAUGAAUUGAGGUUUAUUCAAACGGAAAUAGUUACAGAAGAAAGCUAUGAACUUGACUUGAAACUCAGUGUUGGCUGCAGCUCAGUCGAAAUCAAAGUGUUCCCAGUUGCUUGGACUUGUGAGGACAUGAUGCACAAAUGGAGUUGUACUCCCUGUCCCUUGUAGUUAGCCACUCUGAAAUAGAUGCAGACUGUCUUUGGGGAAUGUGUAUAAGAUAAGCUUUGGAUGAGGGACACAACGUGGAAAAUGGAGGACUCGGUUUCAAACUCACUAAACUCUUCACCCCAACCCUGGUUGCAUUUGAAACAGAUCUUGGUGAGGACUUGCAUCAGCUCCCGUGAGGGCAAUGGCUGUGUCUGUAGGUAGGCAGAGUGUUGAAGAGGAAUGACAAAAAGAGCUCUAGGAUGAAACUUGGUCUCCAGACCUCAGGUCAGAUACCGAGUGUCCUUUCUAGCCAGGUACUUUUCUUUGAACCCUAUUGCUUUUGAGUUUAUUUUCAGUUACCAAGCUAACAAGACAAAUCUACUCCCCUCCCCCAGAGUAUGUUUAAUUCUGUUGUCGUAAUAAUAAACCUUAUUGACUAGCGCAAGGGAAAGAAACAACAGGUUCAGCUGGGUUUUUUAAAUCAAAUACUCCCCCCACCACCAAGAAACUGGCUAUGUUUGGAAGGAGGGACUUCAAGCUUUUUGCAGAAUAAAAAUGACAUCAAUUAUGUAGCUUUAAUAUUUGGAGAAAGCUGGUAGUCCUAGUUCUGUCACUUUAGUUUUGCUAGCAAUCAGAUUGUUUUCAUUUGUUUCAGGACCACUCGACACGUUUGUGUAGCUUCCAAGCCCAGUAACCUUUGCAGAUUUGAACCUGGAAUAGACAGCCUGAUGCUCCUGAAUAAAGCUAAGCCCAACUUUGGGCCUCUUUCUGGUUUUAUAUUGUGACAGGCAGAAUCCAAAGGGUCAGGCCAUAGGCCAUCCAGGGGUCCUCUUAGGGAAGACCUGUGUGGUUUUUAUUUUGCAAGUGUGCUGUUGUGUGAUUUAUUCUGUCCCCACACUGUACAUGCUGAGUCUGUGCUUGUAGUGUGUCAGUGCACUUCCCUGUUCCACUCAGCUUGCAGAAGAUGCACAUGUCUGUUAGAUUCUUUUUGGCUGCCUUUGCAUUGCCAGCAUUCCCAUAUUGUAGCAGAGGGAUGUGUCCCUUCAGGAGGUAAUUCCCACUCUGCUGGUUGAAACAGGGAAAGGUGUUGUGUGCGCCUGCCUUUAAGGGGUUGUGGUCAGUCAAUGUGGUCUCUAGACACAUGUGGCCUCAAAUAUAAGGCCAAUUAGUUAAAAAUCUAGACAUGUUUUCAAGAGAACAGUAUUUCAACAGCAUAUGCAGUUUGGUGACAUAGUCUGGUAUGAGGCAGUUGGACUGAAAUUUGGAUUUUUCUGGAAAUUGACUUCCAGAAUGGAUGCCUUCUUUGCUUCCUGUAGGCAAUAACAUUCCGACAGAGGCUUUUUAAAACUCAAGUGUCUAAAAAGGAUUUCUUGAAUAGGUGUUAUGGUCCAAAAUACCUAGUCUUGCUAAACUUCUUUACGAUAUUUUUAGGAGCUGAAAUCAUAGGUUUUGUCUUAUGCUGCCAGAAAUGAUCAGUGAAACGGGAAGUGAUGGUAAAUGUCUCUCACAAGUGCCAUUGAAAUGUCAUGCCCAGUUGUGAUCCUAUAGAGGCCUGUGCCUGGUGGCCUCUUGAGCCGCUUUUGGCAAACAGCUCUGUUCUGAAUGAGGCCUGAAACAAAUUUCUGCUAAAAUCCAGCUCCUUUUGGCAGGGGAUCAUCCAUUUGAAACAGCCAACAUAAAUUACUGGAAUGUUAUGUAGUUCAGUUGCCCUCUGAGAAAUAGGCAUCCCACACAUUUCAGCGGAGUUCUUAAACAGCAUUUGCAAAAGGUUCCAAUGUUUUCAAAAAGGACCCAUGUUACCAGAACAGGGGACCCUGGAAUGCUUCCAUUACCCCAAAGGUGGUUGGUGGAGUUUGUGUCUUGUUUCGGCUAGUAACUGUAGCAGGCGCAAUUCCAGGGCAAAGCAGUGCUCAGCAGCAGACGAGGCCAGACCGCUCUUAGAAGAGUGUUGAGCUUUGUGAACUGUACAACGGAGUGAGUCCUUAUGAAACCAGAUGUUCCCUUUUCUGACACAGCCACACGCAUACCUUCUGCAUUCGCUGUAUAAUAUAGUGCUGCUGUUUUGUUCCAUUUCUAUUGUGGUGGUUUAACAGACUUAACAUGUAUAGCAGAGAGCUACAAAAACAACUGUUUACAGACCAAGAGAAGUUCAUUGUCUUUCUCUAGUGCUGGGCUCCUGAGCCAAAGUCCUUCUGCAGCUAUCUCUGGCUACCAAGUUCUUCUAUUAAAUGCAUUUUCUGGUUGAUCGGGGUGAAGGGUGUUAAUCCAGCCAUCUUCUCCGUAAAGAAGGCUGCGUUGCCCAGCUCUAUUAUCGGUUUGGAUGCGGGGGAGGCGGGCUUGUUGAAUCUUUUUAGAAAUUUUUCACUGUUUAAAGAUUGCAUUUAUAUUUUGCAAUGCUUACGUUGAAUCAUGGGGGGGUUUUGUCUCUUUCUUUAACCUGUUAAAAGGGGUCUGUAUCUGCCAAGCCACCUUGGAAUGUCUUUCCCUCCCUCCUUUGCAAGCGCACUCUGAUUUGUGGUUGUGAAAGGUAUGUAAAAAAAGGACUUCAACAACCAACAGACUUUCAGUGACAAAACUGCUAGCGAUCUGCUUUAAACUGGAUGGGUUUAUAAUUUAUAAAAAUGAGUCCGUUUCUUUUUACACCAA